AUGUUCGGUCGCUCCUAUUUCACUUGCUUCGUUUCCCUCCUAGCGCUCCUAGGCCCUGCUGCGGCCGCCGAGCUCUAUCGCGUGGAUUUCCGCCCGCCUGUGCAGGUUAAAAAUGAUGGAGGUCUCCUGAGCCGUAAUCCUGAAGGGGACGGCUCCGUCAUUGACCACGUCAAGAAUACCUUGGGGAACGAGGAUCCAUGGGUGUCGACCACGAGCAAUUAUAACAUUGCCAAAGGAGGUGCCAAAUCCCCUGGCAACGUCUAUGUUUACUACAUCGACCCAUCGGGCCUCAAUGCUGUCGACACUAUCCAAGCGUUCAAGGAUGCGGGUGAAGUGCACCCUCAUCCUGGGGAGGCGGAAUUUUCAGUAAAGGGCUCUAUCCCUUGGGACCACAUAACUAAGUGGGACACAUUCAAGAGGAGCAAGAAGACCGCGACCACGACCAGGGAGGAGUUUGAUCAGGGUCACGGUGGGAGUGUCAAGGCACGUUCGAUCCGAUCAUUCGUUGCUUGA